AUACGGUUAUUACAAAGUCAUCUGCGAGGAAUCCGUCAUUUUCUACAUAAUUACUCUUUCCGUUCCACCCCACUCCGAAGAUCAUAAAAAGAAAGAGAAUCAGCAGGCUAGCCUAGCUAUUUUCAAAUUUGCAAACUAAAGCUAGCAGCCCCCCAACAAGACUUGACUCAAAACAUUCCACUUUUCCUGCCCAACACAAACACACACUCACACACACUGCUUAGCUGCUAGUAACAGUUAUAAGCUGCAGCAGCUUUACAGAUUCCUCAGCUGAGAGAUGGGUGGCAUGACGUCAUCAAUGGCAGCUAAGUUCGCAUUCUUCCCACCAAACCCACCUUCAUACAAGCUUGUCACAGACAAUCUCACUCAGCUCCUGCUCAUUUCUCCCUUUCCUCACCGUGAGAACGUGGAGAUACUUAAGUUGCCGACACGUAGAGGGACUGAGAUUGUGGGGAUGUAUGUGAGACAUCCCAUGGCGACGUCAACUCUGCUGUACUCGCAUGGUAAUGCGGCCGAUCUGGGUCAAAUGUACGAGCUCUUCAUCCAGCUCAGCAUCCAUCUUCGUGUUAAUCUUUUCGGGUAUGACUAUUCCGGAUAUGGGCAGUCCUCCGGGAAGCCAAGUGAGCAGAAUACAUAUGCAGAUAUUGAAGCGGCAUAUAAGUGUCUUGAGGAGAGCUUUGGGACUAAGCAGGAAGAUAUCAUCCUUUAUGGACAGUCAGUUGGCAGCGGACCGACUUUAGAUCUUGCAACUCGUCUACCUAAGUUAAGAGCUGUUAUUUUGCACAGUCCUAUACUUUCCGGCUUAAGAGUUAUGUAUCCUGUAAAGCGCACAUACUGGUUUGACAUUUACAAGAACAUUGACAAGAUCCCUCUGGUCCACUGUCCAAUACUUGUCAUUCAUGGAACUGCCGAUGAUGUCGUUGAUUUUUCUCAUGGGAAGCAACUAUGGGAAAUGUGUAACGAAAAGUACGAACCUCUAUGGCUUAAGGGAGGAAACCAUUGUGAUUUAGAGCUGUUUCCAGAGUAUACCAGGCAUUUAAAGAAAUUUGUAUCAGUUGUAGAGAAAUCACCUCCACAGGGGCACAGUUCUAGGAGAAGCACAGACCACUUUGAACAAUCCAGAAAAAGUACCGAUGUCUACGAGACUUCUAGGAAGAGUACUGACAGGAGGGAGAAGCCAAGACACAGCACAGACAGGCAUGAAAAACUAAAAAUCCCAUCUGGUAAUAAUGUUGACAAGCUGGAAAAGAUAAGGAUGUCUUUUGAUCAAAUGGAGAGGUCUCGGAGAAGUGUCGAUUGCUUUGAUAAAUCCCGUAAAAACAUGGAUCAUCAACUAGAUAGAGGUCGGAAAAGUGUCGACCAACUGGAGAGAUUACGUACAGGAUAGUUUCUUUUGUAUACAAAAAAUGUAGCAUUCAUGCUUUGGCCUGGUAUUGUGGGUAUAAAUUUUAUUAUUUAUUGGUUUGUGUAUUUGCACUUGGCUUGUCUAUGCUCUUCAAUAACUGUUGCAUGAGAAAGUUGUAGUUGUAUAUUGGGAUUCUUAUACAUUUACCUUCUUUUC